AUGGCGAACAAACUCAAAGUCGACGAGCUCCGUGCAAAACUCGCCGAGCGUGGACUUGAUACCACCGGACUCAAAGCCGUUCUGGUGGAGAGGCUAGAAGAGGCUAUUGCAGAAGCCGAGAAGAAGGACGAAUCGAAGAACAAGAUGAAAAGAAACCGAGAUUCUUCAGAUGAUACUGAUGAGUCAAACAAAUUGAUUGCAAUUGGCGAGUUUCGUGGGAUGAGUGUGAAGGAGUUACGAGAAGAAGCUACCAAGAGAGGCUUAGUUACAUCAGGAACCAAAAAGGAACUUCUCGAGAGGCUCUGCAAUGUCGUAAAUAACGAUUCCAAUGUACCAGCGAAAUCCGGGACAAAUGGAGCUGAAGAUGAUGUUGUUGGCUUUGUAGAAGAAAAGAAAGAAGAGAAAAUCGUAACAGCGACAAAGAAGGGAGCAGCGGUACUGGAUCAAUGGAUUCCUGAUCAUAUAAAGAGUCAGUACCAUGUUCUACAAAGGGGUGAUGAUGUUUAUGAUGCUAUGUUAAAUCAGACAAAUGUCAGGGAUAAUAAUAACAAGUUCUUUGUCCUACAAGUGCUAGAAUCCGAUAACCAUAAAACAUAUAUGGUUUACUUCAGAUGGGGAAGAGUUGGUGUGAAAGGACAGAGUAAAUUAGAUGGGCCUUUUGACUCAUGCGAUCGUGCAAUAGAAAUAUUUGGUAAUAAGUUCCUUGACAAGACAAGGAAUUUUUGGUCUGACAGAUGGGAGUUUAUCCCUCAUCCCAAGGCAUAUACAUGGAUUGAAAUGGACUACGGCGAAGAGAAAAAUGAUUCGGUUGUCAACGAUAUUCCCAAACCAUUGUCUGAAUUUAAACCUGAGGAGUCAAAACUAGAUCCUCAGGUUGCCAAGUUCAUCUCUCUUGUAUGCAAUGUCAGCAUGAUGGCACAACACAUGAUGGAAAUAGGAUAUAAUGCUAACAAAUUGCCACUCGGGAAGCUAAGCAAGUCCACAAUUUCAAAGGGUUAUGAAGUGUUGAAGAGAAUAUCAGAAGUGAUAGAACGGUUUGAUAGAAAGAGGCUUGAGGAACUGAGCGGAGAGUUCUAUACUGUGAUCCCUCAUGAUUUUGGUUUCAAGAAGAUGAGUCAGUUUGUCAUAGACACUCCUCAAAAGUUGAAACAGAAAAUAGAAAUGGUUGAAGCAUUAGGUGAAAUCGAACUCGCAACAAAGUUGUUGUCCGUUGAUAAGGGAUUGCAGGAUGAUCCUUUAUAUUAUCACUACCAGCAACUUAACUGUGGUUUGACACCAGUAGGAUCUGAUUCAGAGGAAUUCUCUAUGGUUGCCAAUUACAUGGAGAACACUCAUGCAAAGACGCAUUCGGGAUACACAGUUGAGAUUGCUCAACUAUUUAGAGCUUCGAGAGCUGUUGAAGCUGAUCGAUUCCAACAGUUCUCGACUUCGAAGAACAGGAUGCUACUCUGGCAUGGGUCACGUCUCACUAACUGGGCCGGUAUCUUAUCUCAAGGUCUUCGGAUAGCUCCUCCUGAAGCGCCUGUAACUGGUUACAUGUUUGGAAAGGGGGUUUACUUUGCCGAUAUGUUCUCCAAGAGUGCAAACUAUUGCUACGCUAACAGCGGUGCUAAUGACGGCGUUCUGCUUCUCUGCGAGGUUGCUUUGGGAGACAUGAACGAGCUUCUAUAUUCGGACUAUAACGCAGAUAAUUUACCCCCGGGAAAACUAAGCACAAAAGGUGUGGGGAAAACAGCACCAAACCCAUCAGAAGCUAAAACACUAGAAGACGGUGUUAUUGUUCCACUUGGCAAACCAGUUGAUCAUUCAAGCUCCAAGGGGAUGUUAUUGUACAAUGAAUACAUUGUCUACAAUACGGAACAAAUCAAGAUGCGUUACGUUAUCCAAGUCAAAUUCAACUACAAGCGCUAA